AUGCAACCCUUCUUCGGAGCAGGCCCAUCUCAAGAAUACCGGUUUCCGGUGCACGAUAUGCCUUUCAAAACACCCUCCUGGGUGCCUCAACUUCCCUUCGAGAUCCCGGAUUCUUUGACUGUCGAACAAUUCGUCUUCGACGAUGGUUAUCGGCCACGAUCCAUCGAUGAAUCCAGUAACCCUUUCACUUGCGGGUUGUCAGGAAAGACCUACACCGCGCGGGAAGUGCGCCAGCGGGUGGACUGGCUUGCAAGGUCUUUGAGUCAGCAGCUUCAAUGGGAGUCCGCAAAAGGGUCCGAAUGGGAGAAAAUUGUGGGACUGCAUAGCUUGAAUACGCUUUUGCUUCCUGGUGCCUGUGGAACCGGCAGGCGAUUGAUUGGUGAUGGGCGUGCAAUUCAGAUUGAUUCUAUGACUCUUGCCUGGGCGAUACAUCGCCUGGGGGGCAUCUGCAUGCUUAUCCAUCCAACGAACACCGAAGAUGAGGUGACACGCCAGCUUCAGGCUGCUGGAUGCAAGAUCGUCUUCACAUGCGAGCCCCUACUUCCAAUUUGUAAGGCAUCGGCGACACGCCUUCAAAUCCCGCCCCAAAAUAUUUUCCUCCUCCAGACCGCCUUGACCUCGCCAGGGACACCAGAACAUCUGAGCUUCGAUGAUCUAGUGGAGAGAGGGCAAUGUCUGGACGCGAUCGAGCCGUAUCAGCUGAAGAAAGGGAUGGGAGCCGCCCAGACGGCUUAUUUGAUUUCCUCCAGCGGUACCUCUGGAAAUCAGAAAAUAGUCAAAGUCUCCCAUCGCAAUGUGAUUGCAAACAUUGUACAGCUGUAUGCCUUUGAACUUCCAUACAAAAAGGAGCUCGCGCUGGACAGAUGUCUUUGUAUUUUACCGCAGAGCCAUUGUUCCGGGCUCAUCCUUUGCCAUACGUGGUUCUUUCGUGGCGAUUCCAUCUAUCUCCUUCCCAAAUUCGACAUGAUGCAAAUGUUGAAACUAGUGCAGGAGGUCAAGCUGAACAGGAUUAUCUUGAUCCCGCCUAUUCUCUCCCCUUUGAUUACAUAUCCAGAAAUGUUUAAGGCAUUCGAUCUCUCGAGCGUCAAAGCUAUUGUGGUUGGCGCACUUUCUCUCGAUGAAAAGCUUGCUACUGCGUUCAAGAAUCAAUAUCCGGAUAUUAUUCUUCAAACAGCGUAUGGUAUGACGGAGAGUUUUACUGUCAUAGCCUACAUAAAUCCCAGCCACAAUUUGCUGGGUUCGGCGGGAACUCUCAUUCCAGAAAUCCAGGCACGGCUCCUCUCCGAGGACGGAAAAGAGGUCACAGAAUACAAUCAGCCUGGCGAGCUUAUAGUUUCCUCUCCAAGCGUAGUCUUAGGCUACCUCAACAACGAGGCGGCAGACGCGUCUGCGUUCACUCAGGAUCACUGGCUGAAAACGGGCGACCUGGUGGAAAUGAGACUGGCACCUGACGGCACAGAACAUCUUUUUGUCAUCGAUCGCCUCAAGGAUGUUAUCAAAGUCAAAGGAAUUCAAGUUGCUCCAUCCGAGCUCGAGGCUUUGCUCCUCCGUCACCCGGCUGUUGCAGACUCAGCGGUGGUGGCAGUCCCUGAUGACACGUUCGGGGAGUCACCCAAGGCAUUCAUCGUGCGAACGGCGGGCCUCACAGAGGACGACGAUGCACUCAAAGAUAGUAUCCACGCGCAUAUCCGUCAGCAUGCGGCGCAGCAUCAGUGGUUGAGAGGAGGAAUUGAAUUUCUUGAUGAGAUCCCAAAGGGGGGCAAUGGGAAACCGUUGCGAAAGUCGUUGAGAGAUCGUACAUAG